UACAGUGUCAUCACUCAUUGUGGGUAUUAUGAGGUAAAAUGUUCGUGGUCAUUAUCGCUUUGUUUGUGGCAUGCAUUACUCGAUUGUUCUUAUAUUGGUAUAAAAGAGACAGUCGCUUACCACCUGGACCAAGAGGAAUACCAAUGUUAGGUGUGACUCCUUUUCUUGGAAAACAACCAGCAAAAACAUUAAUGGAAUGGACCAAAAAGUACGGUAAGGCAUACACGGUUAGACUUGGUAAUCAGGAGACGGUAAUACUAACAGACUAUGAAGACAUUUACGACGUGCAUAUUCGUCAAACUGGUAAAAUGGGAGCUCGACCACCGUUCACUGUAUUCGACGCAUACGCCAAAGGCCAGGGAAUAGUAUUUGCAACCCCAGACGUCAUAAAAGUUCAUAGGCCUUUUACAUUGCAUGCGUUGAGAAGUUUGGGAGUUGGUAAAAGUGCAAUGGAAAAUCGAAUUCAUCAAGAAACGACAUACUUGAUCCAAUCUAUCAGAGAGAAAAAAGGAAAGUCGUUCAGCCCCAAGAAUUUGUUCCUGUACGUUGCUUUGAACAUAUCAUGUUCGAAUUUUUUGGGCGAGAGGUAUUCAUACGAUGAUAAGACCUUAAAGACAACUGGAACACUACUGAUUCGUGGAUUAAGGGACAAUGGCAUGUACAUUUUAUUAACAAACACCUGCUCUUAUCUGGCAUCAAUCCCGCCGUUUAAAAAUGCAAUGAAAGGAUAUGUGGAUGAUAUGCAUCGUAUCGCAGAUUUAGCCCAAGAAAAGAUACAAGAACACAGAGACUCGUACGAUGAAAAUGAUUUGCGGGAUUAUAUUGACAUUUUUCUUCGGGAAAUGAAAAAAGAAGAUCAUCAUUUAUCAUUCAAUGAAAGCCAACUGAAGACGACAUUGUUUGGUUUACUUGAAGCAGGAUCACAAACUCUUUCGUGUACUUUGCAAUGGUGCAUGAUUGCGUUGCUUAACUAUCCAAAAUAUCACAAGCUAAUGGAGAAGGAAGUAAACAACGUGGUUGGUUGUGGCAAAAAAGUUUCUAUAGCGGAUCGCAAGAACAUGCCGUACACCCAGGCAUUUUUGUAUGAACUGAUGCGUAAAUGCACACUUGUCAAAAUAUUUGAUAGCUGCUCUAUGGUGGACGGAGUUGAAGUCAAUGGUUACAAGUUACCAAAAAACACAGGGAUCUAUUCGAUUGCUUGGGCGGUUCAUAACGAUCCUCGGUUUUUCCCCGAGCCAGAGAAAUUUAAACCUGAAAGAUUCAUCGACCCGGUAACUGGGACCUUCCAGAAAUCAAAAUACUGGAUUCCUUUUGCAAUUGGGAAAAGGAAUUGUCUUGGCGAGCAACUGGCACAAAUGGAGCUUUUCAUUGUUGUGGUAACCUUGAUUCAAAAUUUCGACAUAUCCAUUGAAGACGGUGCUCCAUUGCCAUCGUUGGAUGACGGUAUAGAAGGUGUUCUGUACACACCACCUCCAAUAAAGCUACUUAUGACUGAUAAAGAAUAACUAAGAUUAAGGUGUAAUUUAACAUGAUGAUGACAACAAUGACAACUUUCUAUUUGACCUGUAAUUGUAAGGCUAUAAAAAUACUGCAAAAAAAAUUCCGUACGAUUAAAACGAUUUCAACGUUUUUAAAGUAAAAACGAUUACACCGAUUUGUCUGAUUAGGAUUAAUUUUCAUGAUAAAUAGCAGAAACAGUGGAUCAUA